GAGCAACACACAGCAACUCGACCCAACCACCCACACCAUGACCCCCCAGAACAUCACCAUCCUCGGCGCGUCCCGCGGUACCGGCCUCGCCGUCCUCCGCGUCCUCGCCCAACGGCCCGACACGUACAUCACGCUUCUGCUCCGCAAGCCCGACGUGCUGAACGACGACUCUACCGUCGGGCCAGCGAUCCGCGCGGGCCGCGUGCGCAUCGUGCAGGGCGACGCCAAGGUCGAGAACGACGUCGCGAAGGUGCUGCGCGGCGCCGACCUCGUGUUGUCGACGAUUGGCGGAGCCGGCAAGAUGACGAUGCGCGGCGGCGUGCUCGACGACCCGACAAUCUGCACCGUCGCCGGCGCAGCCCUCGCCCGCGCCCUCUCGCAGCUCGACACGCCGCCCCGCGUGGUCGUCUGCUCGUCGAUGGGCAUCGGGUCCAACCACGACGUCAUGCCCCUCACCUGGCGCAUCGUGUACCCCCUGCUCAUUGGCGGGCCGCACGAGGACAAGGUGGGGCUCGAGUACAUCUUCUCGCGGGCGGCGCGGGGGAUCGCGACGCCGACCGUGGCGAAGGACAAGCGCGACGUGCCCGCCGAGCACAUCCUGCCCGCCUCGCAGGCUGCCUUGCUGCCCGAGAAUUUCUUGCCGCAGGUCACGAUCCUUCGCCCGGCCUUCAUGGACGACCGCGAGCCCAAGGGCCUCGACAAGGUGCGCAGCGGGGACGCGAUCAAGAGCUACUUCAUCGGCAGGCGCGACCUCGCCGACUGGGUCGUCAAGCACGUUAUCGACAGCGACGAGUGGGUCAACCGCUUCCCCGUGAUCGGGUACUAGGUGAACGGCAGUGCUUUCAUAGAUGCGGAUCGUGUUAAUAUGCCUCGGCUCUAUAGGACUCGUACAUAAUCAGCUUGGAACCUAAUGGAUAUAGUAGUUAGUAGCA